CGGCUCCUGCACAGGCUGCGGCACGCCCUGGCCAGCGAUAGCCCGGGGGAGGCGGCGGCUGACCCCGAGGCCGAGCAGUUCCCCGAAAGCUCCGAGCUGGAGGACGACGACGCCGAGGGCCUGUCCUCCCGUCUCAGCGGCACCCUCAGCUUCACCAGCGCGGAGGACGAUGAGGACGACGAGGACGGGGACGAGGAGGAGGCCGGUCCCGACUCGCUGCCCCCUGGGGACGGGGCACCGGGAGAAGACGCAGAACGGAGUCCCCCACCUGAUGGGCAGCGGGGCAGUCAGCUCCUGGCCCGGCAGCUGCAGGAUUUCUGGAAGAAGUCCCGAAACACCCUGGUACCCCAGCGGCUGCUCUUUGAGGUGACCAGUGCCAAUGUUGUCAAGGACCCACCCUCCAAGUACGUGCUCUACACCCUCGCCGUGAUGGGCCCGGGGCCACCAGAUCGCCAGCCAGCCCAGAUCUCUCGCCGAUACUCAGACUUCGAGCGACUGCACCGAAACCUGCAACGGCAGUUCCGGGGCCCCAUGGCUGCCAUCUCUUUCCCCCGUAAGCGCCUACGCCGGAAUUUUACUGCAGAGACUAUUGCCCGCCGUAGCAGAGCCUUUGAGCAGUUUUUGGGCCACCUGCAGUCAGUGCCUGAACUAAGCCAUGCCCCAGACCUGCACGACUUCUUCGUGCUACCAGAGCUGCGGCGCGCACAGAGCCUCACCUGUACUGGCCUCUAUCGUGAGGCUCUGGCACUGUGGGCCAAUGCCUGGCAGUUGCAGGGCCAGUUGGGGACCUCCUCUGGCCACGACCGCCCCCUCCUGACUUUGGCUGGACUGGCUGUGUGCUACCAGGAGCUAGAGGACCCUGGGGAGGCCCGGGAGUGCUGUGAAAAGGCCCUGCAGCUGCUGAGAGACAAGAGUCCCCAUCCAUUCUUGGCACCCUUUCUAGAGGCUCAUGUCCGGCUUUCUUGGCGCCUGGGCCUAGACAAACGGCAGUCAGAGGCCCAGCUCCAGGCCCUGCAGGAGGCAGGUCUUGCACCCACGCCACCCCCCAGUCUCAAAGAAUUGCUCAUCAAGGAGGUGCUAGACUGACUAUUGCUUAGUCUCAAGGCCACCAUGGAGAGAGAGACUUCCUAAAAAUGGGAAGGGGGUGAUGAAGAUACAAAGAGCAGCUAGGAGGCUGCAGGGGGUGCUGGGAGCCCCCUAGAUGUUCCACAAAGAAAAUUUGCAGAAUUUCUUUCCAUUGAGCUGGGCUCAGGAAGAGCUUUGGCUGGGCUUGCCCAGGCCUGGACAGAGAGGAAAUCUGACACUGCCUCUCCAGCUUUUACACAGCCAGGGGCUGCAGCCCUGGCCAGGAGCUAUGCUCCCUUUUCCAUGGGUCUCCAAGCCGGUGAGGCAG